CACCUUCAUUUGUAUUUUAAUGUCUUGACUGACCUUUUCAUCAAUUCCUUCCUCCUACGCCUGCACAGCUUUCCUUCUUCACCCCUCGUUUGGGAGGUUUUCAUGCUCACCCACCUUGUCCUCCAUUCUUCUUAGACCCUCUCUCUCUCUCUCUCUCUCUCUCUCUCUCUCUCUCUCUCUCUCCUGUUUGUUCUUGUUCUUCUGAAGAAGACAAGAAGGAGGAGGAGGAUGCAGUUUCUUCAUUAUCUUCUCAAUCUUGCAUCGGCUUGACAUCUUUCCUCUUCUUUGUUUUGUCGGUGGCCUACUCUGGGUUAAUCUUCGGUACAUGCUAGCCAUGCGCUCUUGAACCUUUUGCAGAGAGGCUGUGCGUUGUUCCUUGGCUUUCCAUGAAAAGCACUGAGUAAGAACCAUGGAAAAUGAAGCCUUUUGGCGAUGGUCGAAGGAGUUGGGGACAGACUCUCGUCUUUGCUGAACCUUGGCCCACUAAUUUUAAGUGACAGGGAGAGUGACUGUCUGAGGUUGGUCAGAGAUAAAUUACUCUCAAUUUUGCUCUCCAUUUUCAUCCUUACAACUGCUGCAUUGGGGCCUGCUUUGCUUGUUGCGUCGCCAAUGGCCACCAAGAUGAAAGGAAUCUACAAAGGCUUCAAAUACAUCUCCCAAAUAUUUGUUGUGAAGGAGAGGGAGAUGGAAAUUGGGUACCCAACAGAUGUUAAACACGUGGCACACAUCGGAUGGGAUGGUCCAUCUGGGAUUGGACCCAGUUGGAUGAAUGAAUUCAAGAGUGCACCUGAUUUUUCCACUUCCCUCGGUACCAUUGGUGAUCCUGGUGACUCCAGCUCUGUUCCUCGCUCCACAUGGUCCUCUCAAGAUUUUGAGCAAAUCUUGGGACAGCAAUCGACGUCCGAGAUGUUAAAAGAAAAUCUGCCAGCAGGUCUUCCGAAUAUCCCCAAGAAACAAAAGAGGAAAAAGAGCAAGUCGUCUUCAUCCCCCAAGUCUUCAUCCUCGUCAAGAUCCUCUCGAGCAGCGAAGUCGAAGGCUUCAUUCUAGAAAUGGAUAAAAAACUGAACCUGCAACACUGGACCUGGUGGGGGAUGAUAUGACAAGGAAAGAACAACAAUGCCCGCUUAUGUGCAUAGAAGAACUUGCUUGUUCACCUUUUCCGCGGAUGUUGCCGUUGAACAAGAGGACGUAGAAACUAGAAAAUCGACAAGUCUCUGUACAUUUGAACUUGUCUUUCCUUUACGAUUUUUACAGGGAUGUCGAAAAA